UUGUUUGCCGGCUACAAAAAUCCAUGUACCGUGAAAAAGGUAUUCUGGAUUUGUCAAACAUCGUAAUUAUUGACAUUGAAUAGGCACGGUGUACGAGGAUUGUACGGAAAAUACGUAUAAAAAAUUCGGGGCGUCGCAUAGGGGUAUUUGACCGAUUUAGCUGGCCAAAACUCAAUUUUGUUAAUCAAUUCGCAUUUUAGGAUAAGUACUACCCCAAGCAAGCUAAAUAGUUACGUCGUCGUGGGUGUACCUAUUGUUUCUCUCCAUUGUUUGUGUAGCUGGAUUCUGAAAAUUCAGGGUUACCAGGUGGUUCCAACACUACACUAGUUUCUUGGAAAUCUUUAUUCGAUAGGAUGCAACAACAAGACCUGCCUAAUAUUUCAACGAAAAAUUAGAAUAUCUCGCAAACGACCUUUUAUUGUGU